AUGUGUUUUAACACAUUACGCGUGUGUCCUUUGUUUGAACCUUAUUUUUUAGACUUUCUCCUCUUCUAAGAGAAUAUUUGUUAUUGUUAACGCCCUUGUAUUCUCAUUUAACGCCACUUCUGUAUACAUUAUACGCUAGAUUGUGGCCGUAUUGACCUUCGUUCGAGGGCAGGAGCCAUUCAAGCAAAUAAGAAGAAGCGACACGUAACUGGGAAACCGCAUACGAGAGAAAGACCACGUACCCACUAACCUCAACGACGACAAUGAUGCCUAGGAAGAGUACGGCGGCCGCCGCGACAACCGUCCCGUCCUCCGCGACAACCGUCACGUCCUCCGCGACAAUCGUCCCGUCCUUCGUUGCAUCCUCCACGACAACCACCACCUCAUCGUCAUGGAGUAUCAUUCAAUCGCCGCCGAGCACGUUGACGCCGAUCGUCGAUCGAUGGCCAGGCAACCCACUCAAUCUCAACGAUCGUCCGGCAUCUUACAUCGAAACGAUUCGUUAUCUCGAAUCAGAGAACUCGCGGUUGAAGCGGGAGGUGCAAACCACCCAGGAAACUUUCACUCGGGAAAUGUCCAACAUGGAGGCCGUACUCUCUAACAAGCGAAAGCUGCUCGACGUGGCAGACACGGAACGCGUCAAGCUCGAGCUCAAUAUCAAACGCUUGCGGGAUGAUAACGAAGAUCUCAAGAACAAAUUGGAGAAGAAGACAAAGAAUUUGCAGAUAGCAGAACGAAAUGCAAUGAUACAUGAAAAAUGCUCCAGUGAUUUGCAAUCGUGGGUGAAGUGCAAGACACUUACGGAGAAACAAAGUGAUCGAUCGAAAGCAUUGCUCGAUGCUUUGAAACACCAGGGGAAGGAGCAAAUCGAUUUUACAAACGUUGUCAUAUCACGUGUCUUGUGCAUAUCGUGGACAAGACCUAUAGAGGGAAGUAUAUUUCUGCCGCAAAUGGCAUACAUGCAAACACAGAGAAGAAUGAAUUCUAGCGAUAUUAUUCAUCAGGCAUUGAAGGAGGUUUUGUGCAUGUUUUCGAGAGGGGAGGAUCCUUUGAUAGAUGUGUCAUCUGGCCGUGAAGACAGUCCGUAUAGUCAAGCGAGUUCUUUGUUAAGUCUUGUGGGGGAUUCUUCAUUUUGUCAAUUACCAUUGAUACCAAUACGAGGCGACAACUCAUCAGAACCGAAAAGUUUUACUUAUUUAUUAGAUUGUUAUUCAAGAAUUGCAAUUGAAGAAAUAAAUCAUAGAAAGCAAUCCAGUGUACUUCUCUCUGAUACUCUUUCCGAUGUAGUGACAAUUUUGAAAGCGCAAUGUGUUCACUAUUCCAGCCUCGUUCUACAAGGAUUAAUCGGCAUUUGCCAAGCCGCUGUCAUACCUAAGUGUACCACUUAUCUUUACUAUCGGAUAUUAUCGCGGAACUUACCUUGGGGCUAUCUUGACGAGCUCGUGGCUAGGACAUACACGAAUCUGAACAUGUUCGAUAACAUUUUCACUCCAGUCUUGAAACAACUGUGUAUCGCGAUACACACGGCGAGCUUUUACGACAAUACGCCAAGAAGACCGAUCGAGGCGCUAGGCGAACUGAUAGAGAUUUGCUGUGGACCAAACAGCCUUACACAUCCGAUUUGGUCUUUGAUAACGAAUGAAGUUAAAUUCUUGCCUAAUGUUAUGACAUCAGCAGCCAGAAGAGAUCUCUCGAGAACCAAACUCCUGGGAUUGUUUCUCUCGGCAUUGGUAUCUGCCGAAAUGCAACCGAAACUGCUGGAGGGAUUCUUCAAUAAAAAUCCUGGCAAUCCGGAAUUGCCCUAUUUGGACACUUACACGCUGCAGCAAUGGUUGGAGAGUACCAGAAUGUCGUUGCACAAGAUAUUUGAUACGAUACUCGCGAAUAGCAGCUGCCGCGAUUCCACUUUUGCGUACUUGGCGGCGUUGCUACAUCACAACGAGAAACGCGCGCAAAUACAGAUGGAGGACAUUCCCUCCUUUGCCGGAGAUGGAUUUUUGUUGAAUCUACUAUCGAUUUUGCAAAUGCUCUCUGUGAACAUUAAGCUGGAUACUGUAGACCCGCUAUAUCCAUUUCAUCCUUCCAAUUUCGUCGAGAUAAAGAACGACACAAGACUGAAACUCACUUUGCAAGAGGUUGCGGAGUGGCAGAAACAUUUGGACAGCACACAUAAAUGGACGGAACCGAAAUUUCAGACACAAUGUUGGUUCCUCACGCUGCAUUGUCAUCACAUCGCGCUGUUACCGGCGUUGCAAAAUUAUCGGAGAAAAUUGUAUGCCUCAGAGAAUUUACAAAAAAUGCUCGACGAACUGCAAGCUACAGAAUCUCAAUGGAAAGAUGGUCCUUUAGCGGAGCACAAUAAAGACUUGAUCAAACAAUGGAAGCGACAGUUGGAGCAACUGGUUGCAUUCAAAUUAUGUGCAGAGGUAGCUCUGAUAGAGCCCAUCUUUUUGAGAAGAUGCUUAGGCUUUUAUAUAUCGGUCGCCGAAUUUUUGCUGAGUCUUCUAACGCAGACUCCGGAUAAUUUUUUUCCCGAACUUCCGUUGCCUCAAGAAGUUAAGUGCAAAUUCACCGCAUUACCAGAAUGGUACAUGAAAGACAUAGUGGAAUUCUUGUUAUUCACAUUCAAAUUCUGUCCAAUGUAUGAUAUAGAUAUAGAUAUAGAUAUCUCGCCGCUUAUCACUUUGUUACUCGUCGUCGUGUGUACGCCACAUUGUAUACAAAAUCCGCAUCUAAUCGCAAAAAUUAUCGAGGUUCUUUAUAAUUCAUUUAAGUUAUAUAAUGUUCAGGUAGGAGUUUGUAGGGGAACAGAAACUUUUGGCCACAAUCAUUUUAUCCAAUUCAUGGCACAUCCUAUAUCCAAGACAUUUCUGGCGUCGUAUCUCAUGAAAUUUUAUAUCGACGUUGAACUCAUUGACAUUAAUUCCGAAUUUGAGGCCGUGGAAUGCUAUUUCGCAGGAACAACAACAAUCGAGAACGAGACAGCUGGCGGCGGACGAGGCCCAAGCCAGAUUCUCUCUUACAUUAAUCAAGGAAAUAGUUGA